GGCGAUCGGCGAUCAGCCCCGAUUAGUCGUCGGCCCGCGCCGAAGAGAUCCGAUCAUUCGCCAGACCGCGCUUCACGAGGCUCCAGCAGUUGUCGAAAAGUGCCCACCAGACCUGACGACUGGCGGCAACUGGGCGGAAGCUGUGAUCUCGGCGGUGAUCUAGGUGUUGUGCAACGAUCGCAGUGCUUCUGGAAGGAAGGAGCGGAAAAGAGCAAGUGGUCGAGCUGAGUCCAUAACGAUAAGAGUUUGUUUAGGAGUUAGUGUCUCUGAGGACCGACCUGGCAGCCUACUCUGAGGUGUUCAUUGGUCAGAAUCUCCGGUUGCACGUUUUAUAGCAUCUCGUCAUUGCUGAAGAUGACAUGGUUUAAAGGCCCAUUGCAUACAACUUUAGCCGAUAUCAGACAAUAAACGUUUGUUGAGCACCCUACGUAAGAUACGAUAGAUUUAAUCAUCGUUGAUACACAGAUAUCUGCGAAUCAACAGAUUGUACAUCCGUUACCACUAGCCAUAGACCUCUGUAAACACACUAGCACAUGAACUGACGCACCUGGGUAGAUGCGUAUUUCCACAAAGAUAACUGUGAUUUUGCGCAAUCGAAUCAUGCUUUUGUUCACUUACUUAUGUGAAAAUUGAACUCUGAUAAGCACUCUGCAAAUACCUUGGGCCAGCAUCGAAGGCACCGUCAGGCUGUGGCCGGUGGCCGUUUCACGUUCGUUGCGGCAUCUUCCCUAGCCGGUAGCCACUUCACUCUAAACGGCCACACACACAACAGCUUCACCAUGAAGCGACGCUCAUCCCACCACUCUGACCACUCCCUAAAGGACGCCGAGUCGGCUGUCCCUCCAUCCUCCCCCAAACCGGCCCCCUCGGGCGGUCUUCGCGCCCUUCUGCUGCGCUCCUCCGGAUACAGUCUCUACGUCUUGGCCCUGCUGUUGGUGGUCUACUUGCUGAACCAGCUGGAUCGCUACAUGCUGGCUGUCGUGGCGAGACCUUCGGCACAGGAUAUUCAUUUCGGUGACCAGGGGUGUCUGCUGAAUGACACGGUAUCGUCCACAUUGGAGGAGACGAACUGCUCAAACUGUACCGACAGGACAACAUGUCUAUCUCUAUUGGACGCUGGCGGCUCGGCGGGCUGCAAAUGGGACUAUACCGGUACUGGAACCCAGUACGAUAUCCUGGCCGGGCCCAUCUUCGUGCUGGUCUACACCAUAGCCGGGGUGCCGCUGGGAAUAGCCGCUGAUCUCUACAACAGAAAGUUAUUACUCUGCGGCUGUCUCCUGGUCUGGGCGACGUGCGUGGUGCUGACGGGCCUGGCCGAGCAGUACUGGCAGCUGGCGGCGCUGAGGUUCGGAGUCGGGUUCGGCGAGGCCGGCUGCACGCCGUUCGCCACCUCGCUGCUGGCCGACUACUUCAGUCCCGAGCUGCGCGGCACAGCGCUCGGCGUCUACAACUGGGGCAUCUACUUCGGGUACUCGCUGUCGUACGCCGUUGGAAAUUUCAUCACGGAAGCGGAUAUAAUGGGCAUGGGCUGGCGGUGGGCCUACUUCGUGUCCGGCGGACCGGGUAUCAUCCUCAGCAUAGUUAUGUUGUUCACACUCCGAGAGCCUCCGCGGUCAGGAGUCACCGCCUCCAAAGACUCUCCGCAAGCCUCACUCGUAAAGAAGCUUCCUCAGGUUAUCAGAUUAUUCUGCCGUCCUUCUAUUCUUCUCCUCUCUUUUGGUGGGGCGAUACGUAACGCUGCCGGUUAUGUGUGGUCUUACAACACGGAGACGUACUUUGAGAGUAUCGGCCAAACCCCGGCCCAGAUCGGCACCUACAUGUCGUGGAUACCGAUGGUGUCUGGCUCGGUGGGAGUGCUGGUCGGCGGGUUCGUCUCGGACCGCGUGGUGAGCCGCGUCGGGCCGCACGGCCGCGUCUGGGUCAUCGUGGCCUCGCAGCUGCUGGCGGCGCCGUUCGUGUUCUGCGUGCUGUUCCUGGAGCCACCAUGGGCCUACGUCUGCCUCAUACCGACCUAUAUCAUCGGUGAGAUGUGGAUCCCGAUCACGCUGGCUGUGCUGGUAGAGCUAGUCCCAGCUGAGGUUCGCACCACCAUCGUCGCCCUCUACUUCUUCAUAACGACCAACAUCGGCGGUAACAUGCCGCUGCUGGUCAACCCCGUGAAACAGGCCUUCAAGAACGCUGGUCAUACGGAAGUCGAGGCUCUUAGAGACACACUGUACCUGUUCUAUCCCGGAGAGUACGUUCUAGGAGCUCUUAUCUACGUUCUGGCGCUACUAGCACUGCGCAGAGACCUCCGGAAGGCCCAAACGGAGCGAGCUCCUUCCAAACGGUCAUCACUAGGCAAUACGGCAACGAUCAAUCCCGCAUAUGAGAGCGGAGAGUGAGUCGUGGCCGUCAGAACAUCGACGAAAGCGGUGAGAUCAAUGAGUGGCUCGAACUAUCAUCAUAUUUAUGUGUUGUGAUUGUUUUACAAAUAUACCGACAGAAAAGUGGUGACGAAUGUAUAUUUUUGUAUCCACUGUUUGUUUUGUAUCCUUCGUUUUGUGUACAUAAGCUGCAAACCCGAGAAAAUAAACGUAACCAAGUCUCGUA